AUGAGAUCCGCCCACAAUUGGUACAUCAUUCUGACCGCAGCGACUGCCCUCUUCCAGUGCCGGUACCGUGCGAUAAUGACGGUGAGCUGCUCAAGGACGUCUACUCCUUACGGCGAUAGCGAAAUUCUCAAACUGACACAAAGCCCCGCAGGCUCGGAUGCGAGGUUACGCUGUGGGAUUAAGGAUUACCACACCGAUCACAUGAACUCAUCCGAAGUUCAAUGGUACUUUAAGCCUUGCGGCGAGGGAGUCAAUCGAACUUCAUGCAACAACCGUGAUCAGUUAGAGCAUAUCCCAUGGCGGCCAAUCGACUGCGACGGCAAACGGUGUCGGGUGACACUCUUCAUUAAAAAUGCCUCCGAAGCGGAUUCCGGACUGUACCGUUGUAGCAUUCAUCCAUACCGAACGGAUAACCAAACCCAAUUCGACAUCCAGCUGAUACGAACGUUUCAGCUAGAUGUAAUCAAAUCCCUAUUAGACGAAGCAGUGCCGGCUCCAGAGCUGCUAGAUAACCUACCAGCGAACACUACAGCCCUGCUGGAAUCCCACAUUGUACUCCAAUGUCGAGUGCACAGUAAAGUUCAGCCGUCCAUCAAAUGGUUCCGCAAGAUCAACCUAAACAAUCCACUGGAGGACCACAACUUCAACCAGGAUAAAUCAAUCCGAUAUCUGGAAAAUUUCUACGAGCUGGUUCCGUCGUCCGGCGAGAAACCGCUGUCCGAAGACGUCUACCUAAGUAAAUUGAUACUGCACAGUGUCACCGAGCGGGACAUUGGCAUCUACGUCUGCGUUGGAAUCAACUACGGUGGCGUAAAUACAGCCGAUGCGUACGUUAACGUUGUUCACCCGAACGGCACUUCGGUCGGCAGUGGUUCCAGCAUGGCAGACCUAAUGGUUCUGUUUCUAAUUCCGCUCGGUCUCGCGUUGAUUCCGCUGGUAGUGUGGAUUUGCUUCGUAAUCUUUCGACAGCGCAGCCAAAGCUCAACUCAAAGGAAUGGAAAACCUACGGCUACCGACGGUGGUGGUGCAAUACAGCAUCUACCGCCGGUGAACGGCGCAUUAGUUGGUGUCCUGGAGACGACUGCUCCGCGAUCUGGCUCCACCGGGGGCAGUAAGAUUAAACAUAAACGCAAGCUCAGCUACGAGAGCUCUCAUCUUUAUGAGAAAAUCAACAUUAUGUAG